AUGCCGGCGUCGAGGCUGCGGAGAAUCCAAAAGCGUGGUGGAAAAAGGCGAUUGCGAAAAAGGAGGCCCAAGGAAUCGGAACGAGUGUAUCCAGAGCCUACCGAUGGGAUCCUCGGCUUUGCAACUCGCCGGAAUCUUGUGGUGGAAGACUGGAAUCAACCUUUCGUCGAAUCAAUAAGCUUCGUCCAGAAUGAUGAUGAGGGUCUGAUUCGAGCCUUCAUGAUCGAUCGCAACGAGCCUGAGGCUUGUCAACUACAGGCCAAGCAAUUCGACUGGUUUUGUGGGAGCGGUGGCUUGGAUAAAUGA